AUGGUCGUCGCCAAAGUUACCGCUGUUCCAAUCGAGGAGCUCAUCAAGAAACAUUCUGAUGUGGACCCAUUCCUUAUUAAGAAAUGGGAAAGAAUCUUCUCACUUUUCUUUGACAGAAAUGCAUCUCAUCAAGUCGAUUGGGGAGAUUUCUAUUUGGUUGUGAAGAAAGUCCGUGACAUCUAUGGAGCGGAAUCUGUUCAAACUGAUUUCGCCAAAAAGUCGCUUGCUGCUCUGUGGGAAGGAUUGUGCUCAAUCGCAGAUGCUGAUAAGGAUCAAUUGAUUUCUAUCGAUGAAUGGAUUGGUCUCUUGAAGAAAACAAAUGCUCAAACUGAGCCAAAAUGGUUCAAGGACUAUCAGAACUUCAUGUUCAAACUCUUCGACGUUUCAUGUGAUGGAGUUAUGGAUCUUGCUGAAUAUACCGAUGGAAUGAACACUUAUGGAUUCGAUCAGUCUGAGUGUGAUGCAGCAUUCCACAAGUUCUCAGUGGACAAAAAAGGACAAUACGUUCCACAAAUGAAGCCAGAGACCUGGAACACUUACUUCAAUCAGCUCUUUUAUUCAACCAACAAAGCUGAUCUUGGAAAUCAUCUUUUUGGAAUUAUCGACUUUUAA